GGGAUCGGGACCGGAAUUGGGAUCGGAACCGGGACUGGGAUCGGGACCGGACCGGACCGGGGUCCCAGCCGCCAUGGCCUCCAGCGGCUGCACGUUCGCGGACCGGUGCGUGAGCGUGCUGUGCUGCCGGUUCUGCCGGCAGGUGCUGAGCUCGCGGGGCAUGCGGGCGGUGCUGCUGGCGGACACCGACACCGACCUCUACUCCACCGACAUCCCGCCCUCGGGCACUGUCGAUUUCAUCGGAAGCUGCUACUUCACUGAGAUCUGCAAGUGCAAACUGAAGAACAUCGCCUGUUUGAAGUGUGGGAAUGUCGUUGGCUACCACGUGAUUUGCCCCUGCAAGCCCUGCCUGCUGUCCUGCAACAACGGCCACCUCUGGAUGUUCCACAGCCAGGCAGUGUUUGGCAUCAACAGACUGGACCCUUCUGGUGUGAAUGCAUUGCUGUGGGGCAACCUGCCCGAUCUGGAGGAAAGCACAGAAGACACGUCCUGCACCUCUGAGGAGGAGUACAUCAGAUAAAUGUUACCUGCAGGAUCUUCCCUCCUCCUGUGGCCUGGCUGGCUGCUUUGCAUUUAUUUAAUUUCACCUGGUGGCCCAUCAGAGUUUAAACAACAGGGAAAAAAAAAACAGGAAAUCUGGAAAAAAAAAUCCAAAAAAAAGGGGAAUUCUUCUUGCUCUUUCCCUGUAAGCUUCCCUGGACUCUGCCUGAGCAGAGAUACACCUUGGAAAUGCCAACACAAAGUGCAUUUACUGAGCUCUGUUUUGCUUUUUAUUCCUAACCCUCUACAGCUGAUAAUCCUUCUUUUCUUCUUCCCCAAAGCACUUUUCACAGUGCAAAACCUCUCAGCUGCUUCCAGCUCAAAGGAAUUUUCAGGAAUAAUCAGCCAGGUCUGGGAGAGCUCAGCUCUGUGCUCAGAACUGCCUCAAAGUUCUGCUGCUCUGCCUUUGGAACCUCCUGCUCUUUGCAGCUUCCCUGCACCUGAGGCACCCCAGGAUGCUCCUAAAUGUGCCCUGGGAAGCCUCUUAGAGCCUUUCCAUCUUUAUUUUUCAAUACUUUCAGGGUUCUGUCUCCACAGAGAUCAAGUUUGUGUUUUUUCUCCCUGACAAAACCUAAAUUCUGCAGUUUCUCAGUAGAACUCACUGGAGUUUUUGUUCAGGGCAGCACUAAAACCCAUCCACUUUCUUAUAUAUAUAUAUAUAUAUAUUUCCCCUCUCCAAAACAAAACUCAGUCAUGACAUUGGGUCUUUUUAGAGAAAGGAAAAAAAAAAGUUAAAUAUUUGGUGUUCAUGCCUAAUUUUCUGUCCUGAGCUGCACAGACAAUCUGGUUCCUGUCGGUAAUGAAUUCAAAGCUCAUUUUCUGAGCUGUUAACAAACCAUGAUGUUUUAUUUCUGUCCCCUUCAGCUAAUCACCUGAAGGCCAGCAAUAAAAAAAGCCCAGAUAAAAUCGUAUCAGAGAACAGAGGACACUUUUAAAUUUGGAUUGAUGCUGAAUAAAUCACUCUGUAGCCUCUUGUGAUACUUGAAAGGGGUGCAAUGAAGACAGAUCUGAAUUCUCAGUAUUGUUACUGCUCGUUAUGUAUUUCUUAAUUAAUGGUACUACCUCUUCUGCACUGUUUAAAUGUAUGUUGGUGUAUAUUUGUAUGUUUGUGUCUUGUUUUGAAUUCCUGUGUUGUGUCUGCUCAGGAAAUAAAAGCUUUGGACUCUGGAGUCUUCA